UAUCUGCAGCUGGACGAACUCACUAAACUCAACUUAAAGGCAAGAAAUGAUCCCUCCUUUAGCAGUGUUUUCAACUAUACUAACUAAUGUAUUACUUGCAGUCAAUAUAUAGAUUGCAUUUUUACAAAAGAGGCUGGGUUUGACCUGAUACAGAUGCAAGAAGUUAGUGAGGUCAAUGAGGCGUGGAGCCUGGAAGAUGACAUGUUGGAUGGAGACCUGGGUGAUGGGAUGGGGGUCAGUGAAACUCCCAGUUCCACUAGGAAGAGGAGCCAAAGAUUUGCAGGUCUCUCAGAGAGCCUUCUACUCAGAGCAGAGUUGAUCAUACGCAGCAGCGAAGCAGGAGAGGCAGCCUGGAUCCCUGCUCCAAAGACUGCAGAGAGAGCCCGCUGGAAGUUACCACUCUUUGCAGGGUCCUUGGUUGACUUAUCCAAAGAAGAACUGAGAGAAAGACUACAGGAAGCAACCGAGGUGAUCGAUGUAUUAUGCUGUGACCUGGAUGUAACAAAUCGCUACCUUGAAGGAAAAUUUGAAGCUCUGAAGAUCCUACAGGGGAAGGCCAUUCUUGACAAAGCCACGAGUCAUACUAAAAGUAUGCUCCAGAAAAGUGAAGACAAGGCCAAAGCUCUGGAGAAGGAGGUGAACAGUUUACAGUGGGAGCUCAGCUUUCAUCAAGUACAGAUGAAGAAGCUGAAGCAAUCCUGGGAGCAGAAAUACAACAGACUACUGAGUGAGAAUCAGAUUCUGACCGACAACAUAGAGGAAAAGGACACCAAGAUCCAGUGGCUCCAAGCAGAAAACUCUGCUCUCAGUCGGAAAUACUUGGAGGUCUUCUCUAUGCUGAAUGUAAAGGAGCAGAGAGUUUACCAAGGAACCCAACCUCAGUGCAGCCCAGACAGAGACACCAGUGUUUUGGAGAUGGCAGUGCUGGGGGCCUGCCGGUGUCAUGGGUUUACUGAAGCUUGUCCAUGUAGUCGGAUUGCUGCUGCCAGCAGGAAGCAGCUCGUUGAAUUGCAACAGGAGCUUGAUGCUCAGCGUUCAAGGAGAGAGGAAGCCUUGAUGGUUGCAGAUGCUUUUCGCAUUGCCUUCGAACAACAACUGAGAAAACGAAGUGAACAAUUCCUACUACUGGCCGAGGCCAAAAUCCUUAAAUCCCAUCACUGUAAAGAUGAAGGUCUUAACAGGCGUCCUUUAGUCAGUGUAAGCCAGAGACUUAGGGGAUUGCUACCUUCUAGUUUGGAGAAGAAGAUGCCUGAGGAUCUUCUAGAGACUCUCUACAAACUGCUGGACUUGCUGAAUGACAGGGAGGAGGCCCUGGCCCACCAGAGGAAGGUGAGCAUCAUGUUAGCUCACAGUGCAGAGGAGCUGCAGAGACAGUUGCACCUAGAUUCACAUUGUCAACUGCCAGAUCAAUCAGAGUCCAGGAUCAAAUCAAAGCAAACAGUAGACCCAUCACUGAACCAUAGCCAAUCUCAACAAACACCUGAUGCCUCAGAAUCGAAAAUAACAGAAGUCUUACCCAAAAUUCAAGCACAGCCCAUAUAUGAGCUAUCAGAUUCCCAGCUUCAGCUGGCCCAACCACAACAACAACAACAACAACAACAUCAAAAUAGCUACAAGCCUGAAAUUUAGCACUCAGACCAAUCACUAUCCUGAUCCAUUUGCAAGAUCUACCAGAUGCCGUGUCUCAGCCACAGACAUGGUAGUGGAGGUUUAAUUUAAAAGAACAAACUACGACAUGGAUGUAUCUGAAGUGUAAUGGAAGUGUACAAUUUUGCCUGAGUACUCACUGCUUACAUCAACUGUAAACUCACUAAGACAAAAAGGAUGCGAUUGAACUUUCUCUUACAAUAUAUGACCAAUUUUCUGCCACUGCUAUUGUCAUUAAAGGUUAAUACCUUAUGCACAACUUGAUUUCUGUUGUAGGUGUUGAUCUACAAAUGUAUAUAACUUAGAAGGCUCAGGGUCAGCAAAGUAAAUUACGCCCUCCUGCUCCCCUCCCUGACACUCCUCACUAACGUGAGGAGAGACUGAAGUUUUAACAUUGUUCUUUGAAAUAAGCCAGGCCUGUGCAGAGUUGAUCGCUGCGCAAUGCAUUCUGAUUACAUUUCUAUCUGAUUUGAACCCUACUUCCUCUAAAAAUGUAGGCAAUAUCCUCAAAAGAUCAAAGUGGCUGCAGGUUUUAGUUGUUUAGUUGCUCUACACUGACUGCAGUGAAUCAGGACAUGAUGGGAAAUACCUCACUUUCACUUGAUCUCACAGUCAACUGACUUAGAUGCCGGUUCAAUGAAGACGUUUUUUCAAAACUUUUUAAUCUUCAUAAAUUGGAAUCAUUAAAAUUUUGUUAGCCCGGUUUCAAAGGUGUAUUCUAUGAACAGAAUAAAUGUUGUCUGGUUGAUGGUUACUGUAUUUAGUCUGAAAGGCUAACAAAAUUCACAUUACAGAUCAUAAACUGUAUAUAUAUUGUAGUUAUCUAUUGCAUAUUAACAUUGCACUUACUUAAUUGUUGAACCACACUGAUUGAUCACAACAUUAAAGCCACCUUUGUUAUGGUCCCGCUUGUGCCAUCAAAACAGCUCUGACUCGUGAGCAUGGACAGGGGCCCUUAGAGGUGUCCCAUGGUGUCUGGCACUGGGAUGUUGGCAGCAGAUCCAUUAAAUCCUGUGGGCUGGGAGUGGGCCUGGAAUGGACUCAUUUUGAUUCAUCCUACAAAAAUGUUAAAUUGCAUUGGUAUCUUGGGAGUUUGGAGGCCAUGUCCACGACUUUGCGCUUUUGCUUGUGUUCCUGGAGUCAAUUCAAAGAAAUUUUUGCAGUGUAGCAGAGCCUGUUACCCAUCAUUGGUUUUAACGUGUAUUUAACAACACAGAAUAUUGUAGUAAGGGAUGUGAUAAAUCUUUAAAAAAAAAACAAAAAACAUCUGUGCAGAUUUGAAGCUGUGACAAUCUAAAUAUCUGACAGAUUAGUAAUAAAAGCUGUCUUGUA